CGCCCCUGCAGCGCCCCUACACACUUCUAGAGGGGCGAGGGAGCUGCACACACGCACACACGCCCACGGAGAUACAGAAGAGGGUGUGGUGUUUAGCGGUGUUGUGUUGUGGUGGUGAUGGUGGUGGUGGUGGUGGUUUGUGGUGUUUAAAAAGUGCUGUUACCUCAUUUGUUAUCCUCUCCUCCUCCUCCUCUUCCUCUUCCUCCUCCUCCUUCUUCUCCUAUUUCUCUUAUUCUCGUCUCCUCCUCCUCCUCCUCCUUCUCCUCCUCCUCCUUCUGAUUCCAUAGGUAUCCUCUCAUCAUUAUCCUCCUCAUCUAUAUAUCUCUCCCCCUUCCCUCCAUCUCUCCAUCCCUCCCACACCUCCAUCCCUCCCUCCCACACACACCCAGCUUAUGAUCGUCCCAGGAAUACGAUAGGGGCAUGAAAAGAGUGGAGGUUAAUUCCCUUUCGUCCUCUUAAGAAAGGAAGAAUAGGGAGAAAAGAAGAGAAAAGAGGAAGAGGGAUAGACGAUAACCUCUCUUAUUCCUCUGAAAUAAAAGAGGAAUAAGUUAAAUAAGGAGGUGAAGAGGAGGGAGGAAGAGAGGGAGAGAAAGAGAGAGGUUAUCCCAGGUCAGGGUACAGGUCAAUGAGAAGAGGUCACCACCCCAGCCUGACCUAAUGAACAAGCAGGGGGAAGACAGUGACAACAAGCACAACGACAAGAACAACAACUUCAUCGAAAAGGAGAAGAAGAUGAUCUUAGUGGACGAAAGGGAGCCGGUGGGGGAGCUCCCGCCGCCCUUCCCGCCUCGCAACAUUAAGGUCAAGGAUGAAGACGAUAUGAGAGAUUUCUACGACAUUAAGAAGGAAAUAGGAAGGGGUCGCUUCGGCACAGUGUAUCUGGUGGAGGACAAGAAAACACGGCAAAAAUUCGCAGCUAAAUUUGUAAACACACGGAGGAACCAGGACCGAGCGAACGUGGAGCGGGAGGUGGAGAUCAUGAAGACUUUAAAUGCUGACUCCGCCCACCCCAGACUGAUUCAACUGUAUGAUGCGUACGACAUGGAGAAGGAGAUGUGCUUGGUGCUGGAAAUCGUGGACGGAGGGGAGCUGUUCGAACGAGUGAUAAACGAUGACUUUGUGCUGACGGAGAGAGCGUGUACCGUGUUUGUGAAGCAGAUAUGUGAGGGAGUUGAGUUUAUUCACUCCAAGAACAUACUUCACCUUGACAUGAAGCCUGAGAACAUUCUGUGCCUGUCGAGGGAAGGGAACAGGGUCAAGAUCUGCGACUUCGGCCUGGCCAGGAAGUACGACCCAAGGAAGAAACUGCAGGUGUUAUUCGGCACCCCUGAGUUUGUAGCGCCCGAGGUCGUCAACUUUGAGCCCAUUGGAUUCGGUACUGACAUGUGGAGCAUCGGUGUCAUCUGUUAUGUACUGUUGUCGGGCCUCUCCCCCUUCAUGGGUCACAACUACGUAGAAACGAUGACCAACGUGACCCACAACAAGUACGAUUUUGAUGAUGAGGCGUUUGACUGUGUGAGUGACGAGGCCAAGGAGUUCAUUCAGAAGCUGCUGGUGCUGGAUAAGAGCAUGCGCCCAACCCCCGCUCAGUGCCUCCGAUCUUCAUGGCUACGCUCCCCCCCUCCUCCCCAAUACCACCCCCUCUCCCGCCGCUUCCCUUCCUCCGCCUCCAACUCGGAAGACGAAGAGGAAGAAGACGAGGAAGAGGAGAGUGAGAGUGAGAGUAGCGAAGAUGAUGAUGAUGAGGAAGAGGAGGAGGUGAUAAAAGUUGAACAAAUGAUAACAAACAGAGUAGAUAAAGAAGAAGAGACGGAGAAAUAUAGUGUAAGGAGGAGGAGGAGGAAACAGGAGGAGGAGGAAGAGAAGGCGAGGAAGAGGAAUGAAGCUGAUGAAGAGGAGAGGAAGAGGAAGGAGAUGGAAGCGAAGAGAAAGGAACUAGAAAGACAAAUUGAAGAGAAGAAGAAGAAGAUUGCGGAAGAAGAAGAAAGAUGCAAGCGAAUGAAAGAGGAAGAGGAGAAGGCGAAGAGGAAGAAGGAAGAGGAAGAAGUGAGGAGGAAAAAAGAAGAGGAAGAAGCACGAAGAAAGGAAGAGGAGGAGAGGAGAAGACAGCAGGAAGAGGCCAAGAGGAAGGAAGAAGAGGAGAGAAGAAAGAAAGAGAGAGAGGAGGAAGAAAGAAAGAAGAAGAAGGAAGAGGAAGCAAGAAGAAAACGGGAGGAAGAGGCGAGGAAGAAGAAAAAGGAAGAGGAGGCAAGGAGAAGACAAAGGGAAGAGGAAGAGGAGGUAAGAAGAAAGGAAUUGGAAGCCGAAAAAAAGAGAAAAGAGGAAGAGGAAAUAAAGAGAAGAGCCGAGGAGGAGAAAAGAAGAAAGGAAGAGGAGGACAAGAAGACGAAAGAGGCGGAAGAGAAGAGAAGAAGAGAAGCAGAGGAAAAGAGGAGAAAGGAGGCUGAGGAGAAGAAAAUGAAGGAGGCUGAGAGAAAGAAGAGAGAGGCGGAGGAAAAGAAGAAGACUGAAGAAAGGAGGAAGAAGGAAGAGGAAGAGAAGAAGAGAAAAGAAGCGGAGAAGAGGAGAGAAGCAGAAGAGAAGAAGAAAGAAAUGGAAGAGAAGAAGAGAAAAGAGGCAGAGGAGAAGAAGAGGAAGGAGGUGGAGGAGAAGAGGAAGGCCAAGGAGAGGAAGCGAGGCGGCGGCGGGCGGGCGGAGCAUGAAGGAGAGCUGGAGCGAAGCAAGGCACAGCUGCGGGAUUUCGUGGCUCGCUGGAACUCUCACCCGAACUCACCCUACGUGGUGGUGGCCGAGGACGUCCCGCGGGGCCUGGAGGGGGCCAAGGGUUCCUCAGGGGCGUCCCUCACCUCCGUGGCCGCGCAGCCCCCCAGCGACCUCAACCACGAGGACCUGGACGACGAGGAGGAGGCGGCCGCGGCGGGCGAGGACGAGGAGUUCAUCCACUACACUAUUUCGGCGCCCCUCAAGGGUCCCGCCUCGCCCCCGCAGGUGGCGCGCUGCCUGGAGGCCAGACUCAACCUGCUGCAGCGCCAGGACGGCACGGAGGACGGGAAGAGUGGUGAGAAGACCAGCGGGAGGCGUAAAGGCAGGAGCGGUGGGCGGGGCAGCGGGCGCGGCGAGAAACGCAGGUCGUCGUCGCGGUCGCCGAGCUCCGGCGUGCUGCAUGACACGGAGGAGGCGGAGACCAUCAUCAAGCAGAUCCUCAGCUCAGACCACCGCAGCGCAUACGAGGAGUACCAGCGCAUGGUGGGCGCCAUGGAUGGCAGCGGCCACCUGCAGCGCCCCGAGGUGGUGGCGCUGCAGCAGGAGGAGGGAGGCACCAGGCGCAGAUCCAGGACAGACUCUACAUCCAGACGUUCCCGCCGGCAGCCUUCCAGGGACGUGCCCGGCGAGGACAGGCCACCCUCCAGAGAGGGAAACCGCUCCCCCCGCUCCCCCAGCCCACCGCCGCCCCUCCAGGGACGUGCCCCUCAGCCCCUCCCAGAUGGAGCGGAUAGCGAGGGCGGCGCCCCAGGCGUGGCCAGAUCUGAUCGUGGCGCCGCAGGACGAGGCAGACGAAGAGGUGCGCCAGUUCUCGCUGGACGUGCCCGUGGCGUCACUGCACAAGAGUCCCAGUGGCACCCUGCGUUCCGUGCCGGGCCUCAAGGUGUCCGCCGAGCCCGAGGCUGACGCCACGCCCACGCCCAGACGCGCCCCUGCCCCCAAGGGUGCGCCUUCCCUCACCCCACCACCCUCUCCCCCUUCUGAGAACUACAGCAAGCCAGCUCUCUCGCCGUCGCCUUCCCCCACCCCCGCCGACAAGGUGAGCCUCGCCCCCGCAACCUCACCGACGCCCUCCUCCGCCACUGACAGGAAAGCCUCCCUCACACCGCCGCCCUCCCCAGUCCCAUCCCACAAGGACUCUGUGAGCUCCGAGGAUCCCCCCAGCAGGCUGGUGGAGUGGAUCCUUGACAUCGGCACCCGCACGCCGCCGCGGGAACAGUCCACCUGCAGCCUGCAGGACCGCGUCACCCAGUGGGAGGCCCGCGACGGCGGCACCCCCCGCCCCUCACCCUCACCCUCACCCUCCCGCCGUCUCUCUUCCUCCCCACGCCCCUCACCCUCCACCUCCCCCUCCCGCCGUUCCUCCACCUCCGCCCCCGUCCCAGCAGAAGUAAACAAGGAGGGGCCAGUGCCGCCUCGCCGCCCGCAGCCGCCCUUCAACGUCCUCUCCCAGGAGGAUUCCUCCGCCGAGAAGGUGAUCCACACCCCGUGGGGCGCCCUCAAGCGGUCCCCCUCCAAGACCUCCUUCUCCAAGUCCCCGUCUCGGGAGCGCGAGGCGUUGCCCACCACCCGCGGCAGGGCUCCCAGCCCCGUGCGCGCCACCCUGGAGGCUAGUCAGGGGCAGGCUACCCGGACGCCCUCACCCCGGGAGGCAGCGCCCGCCAGUCGUCAGGAGGCCAUGAAUGGGUGGGCGCCAGGCGGCAAGAGCUACACGCUGCCACGCUCGGCUAAACUGCUGCGACAGAAGUCCCUGAUCAGCGUGCCGGGGCAGGGCGACGCUGUGCUGCAGGAUGCUGAUGGAAGCCUCAAGCGUAAGGGCAAGUUCCCGCCAUCGCCCAACAAGCGGCCGCUCACGCCGCUGCUGUUCACGGCACAGGACAGGAUCUCCAUGUUUGAGAAGCAGCAGCCGGCAGACACGCGGGGCCCGCCACGACCCCUCGCCAGGACCCGCAGCAGCGUCACGCUGGGCGGCAGCGCGUCCAGCGACCCCCGCGCUGACCGCUCCCAGGUGGGCUUCAUGAAGACCAAGCUGCUAAGCAAGGUGCGGCCCGGCGCGGCGCCCACGCUGCACGAGGAGCCCGCCAGCCCCAGCCCCGCCAGGCCCAACGCCGCAUAGGAACGCCCGCCGCGAUUCCUGCUCCUGCAGGGUGCUGUCCUGCCGCGGCUGUAAGGUUGGCACGGCGCCUGUGUGCAGGCCCUUAGCACACACACACACACACACACACACACACACACACACACACGUCUGCCGCAGGACGCUCAUCACCAAAGCAUCCCGUCUAUUCGGUCAUAGUGAGCGCGAGGUGGAGGCGCCCCGCCCCGCCCCGCCCCGGCCCCGCCCCGUGCCAGUCAGCCAUGCUUACUGUACACACCUUUGUUCGGUUUUGCAAUUAUACACUGAAUAAAACAGAAUAUAUCAUACCAUGUAUGUAUAUAUUAUAUGUAUGUAUGUGUGUGCAUUUACCUUGAUUGAUGUUAUUUUUAUUUUUAUCACCUUUGUUACC